GUUUGUGUUCGUGUGCGGAAAGAUAUCUCUAGGCGUAAUAAGUGUGAUGUGAAAUAAAAUACCAGCAGAACUUGUUCUACCCUGAGCUGCUGUCACGGCAGUACCAAGGGGACAUUCUGAUGCCGGCCCACGACGAUUCCCGGAAUGCCAUCACUCUCGAUAACUACAAGUGGCCCAAAGGAAUCGUUCCUUAUGAGUUCAACUCAACGUUUGAUGAUCCAGAAGAGCAGAAGACGGUCCGCAAAGCCAUGGACGCCAUAGAGAGUAAAACCUGUAUAAAAUUUGUGACGCGAGAAAGUCAAGCAGAAUACAUCAGCAUCAACCGAGAAAAGGUAAUCAAAUAUACUUAAAACUAUAAGAAAAUA